UCUCCUCUUGCACCCCACCACCAUGCUCGCCCGCAUUCCCCGCUUGGCCACGAGGGCCCCUCUCGCCUCUAGGUGCUCUAUCAUCUCCUCAAGAGCUCUCUCAACCCAGAACCCGUCCACCCCUACCCCUGAAGUAUUCUCAUCCAAAGCCACCCCUCGUGAAACUCUCCACAGGCCCGAGGCAUUUCGUGGUAUGCCUUCUUCAGGCAGGACCGUCAAUCCUAAUGGAGCCUUUGAUGCCAACAACCCUCACAAGGGCAAGAUCUUCAUGGGAGUAGACCCGAAGAACAAGGAGGAGGUCUAUGAAGCGUUCGAUGGGCCUAGUAAGCCCAGGCUGAUUUACGAGAGGCCUGGCGGAAGAGAUCUGCCGAAGGCAAAGAGCGUGGUUCCAUUCGUCGUCGCUCUUGGCCUCCUCGGACUCGGCUGGGGUCUCUUCAUCUUGCACGCUACCAACACUGAGCGACUCUCGUCUUCUGUAUUGAGACAGGUGACGUUCCAGAUGAGGAACUCUCCCGAUGUCAUGUCGGUGCUGGGUGAUAAUGUCAAGCUGGUCGAGGAAUGGUGGGCUUUGGGAUCACCUUGGAUUUCUGGAACUGUUGGUCCAAUCACGAUGAGACGAUUAUGAUAUUGACGAUUGUGCAGAUCAACCUGAUGCAAGGCCGAGUUGACCUGAGCGCUAGACUGAAGGGUGAAAGGCGUGAGUCGUUGCCCAAUGUCUAGACCUAGCUGACAGCGCUAUCAGAGGCCGGCACUGUCUACUUCACAUCGAUCAGACCGCAAUCGCAGGGCGCCUGGAGAAUAGUGAGAUACAAGGUGAUUGCCGACGAUGGGACCGUCCUCAGAUUGGAAGACAAGGCCGGGAGACCAGACCAGAACGCUGCCAUCAAGAUGUAACAACCCACCAGCAUAAGAUAAUCAGACCUCGAGGAGAUG